AACCCUAGCACCGUCGCAAACCCAAAACUAUUCUUCUUCAACCUCCCAUCUGGUCUCGACGUAUUGAUCGCGGUCGCCGUCCACGCCACCAAAGUGUCAUCCACAAUGUAUGGCGAUGUCCAAUCUGAAGUCCCCCAGCCAUCUUCAUCUCCUGUGAAGCCCGCCUCAACUUCGUGCCGAAAGACGAACUCCGUCAACACCUCUUUUGUCACGCAACUAAGAGAUCACUUCCACGAGUUUAUUCAUGCCUCCAUGGACGAACACAGGACAUGCUUAACAAACACUGUCAAGAAAUUGUUUGCGAUGUCAAAGGCCGUCGCAGAGAGAACCGCUGGGGCAAAAGAAGCUGGAGCUGAAAGCGUUUUGCCACUUCAGAGUGAAGUGUCGCGGUAGAAACAUACUCCGUAUGAUGCAAUGUCAGUUCUCUGUACUGAAAGUUUGUCGCUGUCACUAAGCAUAACCCUCAAGUCAAACAAUAGAGUUUCAAAUUUUUGGUGAAUAUAUUAUGUACAGUUA